GCGUGCCAGCGGACGUCGAGGUCAGCGUAUUAGUAGGGUUUGAAUGCGUCUAUUGUACCGUCGCCGUCUCCCGGGAGCAUCACGAUCUUCAUCUCGCGGUGGCAACACGAAUCAAGAAACCCAGUCUCGCCUCUUCCCGCAGGUGUCAGCAGGCGGCAGCAGUGGUGCUCCCUGGGAGUGAGCGACGGCGAGCGACUGCGAUAGAAAGGAAGGGAGUGGAAAGGGAAACUGGACAGAAACGGAGCCGCUAACUACCUGCACACAGAGAGAGAGGUCUCAAGGUAUAUAGCCCAGACUCGCGGGUCUUUGUUCUACGAAUCUCGUGAAAGGGUAAGGUAAGAUGUCGGACGAAGAGCUUUGGGAGCCCUUGACCAUGGUGGACUACCUCAUGCUGGGAAUCGUGGGGACCUUUCAGGCUCUCGCCCUGGGCGUUUGCGUCCACCUCUUUCUCUGGCGGAAUUGGCCACCGUACGUCACCAAGAACGUGGACAUCGUCAUCAUCAUGACUUUCGCGGGUUUCGCAUGGACGUUUGCGAAUGCUCUGGACGUUGGCUUUGUCCACAGGAGCAAGGGCGACCUCCUUGCCGAGUGCUCCCUAGAGAAACUACUGACUUGGUCAACGCUGUGCAUACACAUGUUCGCGUUUUUCAUCCGGGUGUACCUGAUGUGGAGAAUUAUGGUCAGGCAUGACGAAGACGUGGGGUCUCCAAAGGGUCAGAUCUUCUUGCUUUCGAGCAUCAGCCUGGUUCCGCCGCUAAUUGCCCUGCUUGUUCCCGGUGCCUACGUCUUCGACGAGACUAUCAACUCGUGCAACACCACGAGCACUUCGAGGACCGUGGGUUUGGGGAUGAACGCCGUGGGGUUCUACACCAUCUGCUUUCUUUGGUUCGUGUGCGGCCGUCAGCUGAGGCGUGUCCGGAAGCAGUUCAACGAGUACGAGGCGAUCAAAUGGACCCUGUCCUGCCUCAUUCUGCUCGUCUUGAGCUACACCGUCGGGGUGAACAUAAUCCUCGACAACAAGCAUCACGUGCUCGCCAGAAGACUGGCCAUCGUUUACCCCGUGCUCACGACACAUACCCUGCUAUGGGGCUCCAUCGGCGAACCUUUGCUCAAGAAAUGGGAAGGAGACCGGGAAUACCUGUGGUCGUUCACCAGGGGCUUCUCGGAGAUGCCUUCGCCGGCGCAGCUCAAGGCUAGCUUGGCGGAGCAACUCUCUGUGGAGCAGCUGCGGGACGAGUUUCGGGGGUACAUGCGGACCAAGGUGGCACAAGAGCUGGUGAACUUCUACCUCGACUCGCUAGACAGGGAGGAGAUCCACGGGUUCUUCGGCAGACAGGCGGCAACGAUGCGCAUCGUGGCGAGAUAUAUCAGAGACGGCGCCCCUGAGCAGGUAAAUAUAUCGGAGGCGUGCCGGGAGGAGAUUGUGUCGACGAAUGUGACGGCCUACGACAUCUUCGACCGCGCUAGGGCAGAGGUUCUCGCCGUCAUGGAGGCCGAGUUCAAGGCGGAGUUCGUAGAGACGGAGGGGUUCCGCCGAAUCGCCAACGCGUCCGAGCUGGAGCAGCGAGAGAAACGUCUCCUGCGGGCCGGGGGGUUCUUGCCCCCGAGCACCCCGCCGGGUCCCUGCGUCUGACGAUGUCCGUUUUCUACUGUGAUUGGUCUGUGUUAUUCGAUCUGUUGAAUCACCACCAUCGCUUGAACGGCGUGCUAGAUUACCGUGCCUGUCGCCCUCCAGACCCGAAAGAACCAGGCUGGAUAUCACAUGGGGCAGGCGCGAUCCACUCCACGAUAUACGUUGGAUCCCAUGUAUUUAGUAAUGCGUAAGGUUUUUCAGGCAGGCGCGAUUCAUUCGCCCAGUACAGUAGUGUAUUUACUCGUGUUUUCGGGAGGAGGUGCGUUCGAUGCGCGCACGGGGUGCCACCAAGGCACGGUAUUCGAAACGUGGUCAUACCGCAGCCGUUACCCGCAGAGGUCUGAUGCACCCGAAGUUUUUUUUGCACCCUAAGAAUGAGGGUGUCGAAUAGAUGUACCACCUCAUUUUGUUGUCCUUUUUUUUGCGGCUUGGCAGUUUUAGUCGUGUCGCAAAUGUUGCCUUACUGCAGGUCGAUGUACGUUUCUAGGGCGCGUGAACGGUUCAACACAAGCGUAAUAGAGGAGCGGGGACUAAGGUGCUGCCGGUUGAUGAAAAAUCGACGAUUCAUACCGAGGUUCGUAUUCUUGAUGUCCCAUUCCGUGUCAGGCCUUGGUCAAACCACCAAAACCGUGACUGUGAACCCGGUGUUACGGCGAUGUCUCUUAGCGGGAAGCACUCGGGUUCAAGUUCUGGUAUGUUUCGGCACCUCUGGACCGUCGUGUUGUUGUGUGCCAGGGCUUACCGUAGAAAGUUGGUGAGAGGAAGCAUAGAUUUGUAGAAAGAUGGAACAACGGAAAAUGAAUCUC